ACAGGAAGUGUUGUGCUGUUUUUCUCUUUGACUUGACGGCUGUGUGUAAUUUAACCCCCCGUCACCGUGCCGUCUGUCACAGCUCCUCUGGACUUUAUCCGAGCAGGACUGAGUCCCGGUGAAAGUUACGCACGAUGGACGUGAAGCUCCUGGCAGUCGCGGCUGCUCUCACGGUGGUGAUUUACACUCCUCCGUCACAAGCAAAACCCAUCAGCCUGGUGGAGAGAUGCUACUGUCGCUCAACAGUAAACAACCUCCCAAAAGGCUACAUCCGAGAGCUCAGAUUCAUCCACACACCAAACUGCCCCUUCCAAGUGAUCGCCAAACUGAAGAGCAACAAAGAAGUGUGUGUGAACCCUGAGAUCCGGUGGCUGCAGCAGUACCUGAAGAACGCCAUUAACAAGAUGAAGAAAUCCAAAAAGGCCAACUAACAAACCUGAAGAUUCCACCGACACAUUACUGAAGAUUUGGAAUAUCUUAACCGAUAUGAAACGUGAUAUGAGACCAUUUGGUAUGUUGUACAGCACUUAUCCCAGCUACCAAGCUGCAGCCUCGUGCAUGGAACGACCCCACAACUCAACAUCCGUCCUACCGUCGUCUCCACCGUCACCACCCUCACCACCCUCCCCCCUCUAUAGAUAUAAAAGACGUUAUUAAUGCAAAGUGUAAUUAUAUGUGUUUGUUUUUUUUAACCAUACUGUAUAUACUUUUUUGUUAAUGGACUUAAAUAGUAAAAAGCUAUUUUUGAAGAUUCUGUCGUCCCCUUGGCCUCUCUGUCAUUCAGGAACCCAUAAACCCCGGGGUCAAGGUGUUUAAGAGGGGCAUGUAGGUCAACAUGAGGAUUUCUGCCCAAAAACACAAGUCAAUAUUUGUAAGCAGCGGAGGCCGAUAGCCUGCUGAGCCAGAGAAUAAGGAUUUAUUUUAUCUAAUCCUAAACAUGGGAUCUGCUUAUCCCGAUUGUCUGAUUCUAAAAAGUCAGGAAACAAUAAACAAUAUAUAGUUUCGCUUUCUCAAGAACAAGUCAGCCCAAGUUAAUUGGCAAUGAGGAAUUUCAGGGAAAGCCAGCCGCCCCCAGACUGAAUAUAAGAUGUGCGCAAAUCCUAAUAAAAAUGGCAAUUAUAGUGUUUUUGUGAUGGAAAUGAGGAUGGUGAAAGAGCUCGAGCAUUUCCUGAGCUGUUCUGCGGCUGAGAUUAUGCGACCUUGUGUUAACCGCGUCUGCCGUUUCAUUCUUUUGUGAAGAGCCGAACAUCUGGUCCCCAAACAGUUUUAAUUGAGCGGCCAAUGGGUUUAAAUUUACCGGAAUCACAAUGUUGUGUCGGCUACACAAGAGACACGGAGAACAAAUUGCGAUGCUCACAGUCAGAGUUUUUAGAGGUCCAACUAUAUCAGUGUAAGGUCAUUAGAUUUGGUCUCCAAGAGUGAAUGCCCAUUCCACAGAAUGGCGCCCAACAAUGAGGAAAACAGUCACCACAUCAGAAAGUCACCGCUGUGCUGACGCUGCAGUGGAGAACGUAGUACAAUAAUGUCAACUAGCCGAUGAUGUGAACAUCGACAGUCAUCAUACAGACAACAAAGCACUUUAUAACUGAUGUAUUCAUGUUUUUAGUGAAUUUACUAACUGAUCAUUAAGUAUAUCUUUUGCUUCUUUUUUUAAUGUUUAUUGUUUCUAUUUUUUUUUUCAAGGUGUUUUGCUCAAUUACGUUUUGAAUCCUGGGAAAUGUGUUCCUUUGCCAUUUGUGAAACUAAAGUUUUAUUUUUGUACUCCUUUAUACAAUUAAAUAUUAGAUCCAAACAUUUCAGUGAAGGAAUUCUGCUCUCACUAUUGCCAUGUAGCAUUUUACUGUAAUCUGUAUACAGCUGGUGAGUAAAAAAAAAAAGAAAAUCUAAAAAAAUGUGAUGGUUAUUAUUUCAGUGUAUAUGUUACUGUAUUUGUUAAGAGCCUUUUCGACAUGAAUGAUCACUAACGUGUAAACAUA